ACGCUACACGCGCAGGUUGGCCGUUCCUGGUAAUAAUAUCACUGUUGUAUCCACACUGGAACUGGAGGUACUGUACUACUGCCGUUGACGAGUCGAACGGCCGGAGGAAAAACGGAGAAAAAUCGUACGUUCUGGGGAAUAAUAACGUCUGAACGUCGAUUGACGAUUUUCGGUUUACGGAUAUUGUAUAAUAAUAUUUUAUCGAACGCGAUCCGUUUUCCAAAUUUUUACCCGUUUCCCGCGCUCAACGCUCACGCGUGACACCACCGCGACACGUCCGUUCCGGUGUGAAGAUCGGGGUUGUGGCAGCUCUGUAAAAAUACAACACUAAAAUUUGUUGUUGUAUCACGGUGGUUCGCUCCAAUUUCGAGUUUCCGACGUUGAAAAAACUGUCUGCACUCCGCACCGCCUGACGCUUGUUCGGCAUUCGCCAUUCUGCGAUCACCACGUCCGAGUACACUGUUCAACUUGUCUUCUGUUCUCAGUGUUCACUGUUAUCCUGGUUGCUGAACAGUUUUUCAGCCAACCACGCUGUGUGUUAUUGAAAUCCCGUACACACCAUUUCGCCAACAGCCAAGUCCCUCGUGUUUUUGGUGAACCAACUUGCGAUCAACGCCGUCUUGUAAGUUAAGCGUACACUCUAUUCCGUUGAACUUCCCAUUCAAUACUUCACCGUCCAUCGUCAUGGCACCAAGGAAGAAAGCUACUCAGAAGCCGGCUAAAUCAUCUAUCGAGGAUGUGCCACCAAUCAUUGUUGAGGAUAUGUCGCACAUCACUGUCAGGCGGCCCAUUACAAAAGAUAAUAUGAUUGAAGAUGAAGUAAUUCAAAAGGAUGAAAUAGAUGUAAAAACAUCUAAUUCAGAAAUUAAUAUGGAUAUGAACGCCACAGUAGUUUUAGAACGAAUUCCUGAUUUUCAGCAGCAAGAAGCAACUGAGGUUGAAUCUGAAUUAGAUCUUGUUGUGAAUGAAGAGGAACCAAUUAAAAAGCCUGUCCAAAAGAAAAUUUCCAAAUCAAAACUUAAGUCAAAAAAACAAACAGCUGAAGAAGAUUCCAGAGCUGUAAGAACUAGGAAAAGAGCUGCUAGUGAAGAUAGGCAGGCCUUGAAAGCGGAAGAAAAAGUAGUAAGCAAGAGUCGAAAAAGACCGGUCGAUAAAAAUUUACCAGAAUCUCUAAAACCUGUUUCUCCGUUAAAUGAACUACCUAAAAGAAAUCGCAGAGCUGCUAGUGUGGAUAUAAUAACAUCUGAAUCUUCAAGUCAUCCAUUAGAUAAAGUAUCAAAAAAAAAUAAAGUCACUAAUAAAUCUACUAAAGCUGCAAUUGUUGUAACUGAAGAUGAUGAACUAAAAAAACAAAAAAAAGGAACAAAAAAAGAUCAACCUAAAAUAAUGGAAAUAAAAGAUGAUGAAACAAAAAUUCUAGAAAAAAAUUCCAAAGGGAAAAAAAAUACAAAAAAAGUGUUGAAUGAAGAAAAAGAAAAUGUUGUAACAGAACAAAAUGAUGGUGAAUUUGUUUUAAAUGGCAUUCAAGGAAAACCAAAAUCUAAACGAGGCGUCAAAAAUGUUAAAUUAGACGAAAUUGAUCAAGAUGAAGAAAAUAAGGUAGAAAAAGUUACUAAACCUUCAAGUAGAAGCCGAGCAGCUCCAAAAGUGAUGGCUAAACAAAAUAACGAAAAAGAUCUAGAAAAAAAACAAAAAAAUGUACCUAAAACUAAAAAAAACAUCAAGUCGCCAGAAAAAUCCGAAGAGUCCAGUGAGAUAAAUGAGUCUGACGAUUCCAAUAAAACUCCAGAAAUAAAACCAAAACGUGAACGUAAAUUUAAACAAAUUGAUGUUGAGAAAAAGGAUGACGAAUUUAAAGAAAUCAAAGCACCAAAACGAGGUGGUCGCAAAGCCAAAGUUGAGGACUUAGAUGAUGAAGUACUACAGAAAAGUCCACCUACUGAACAUGAGAUAUACCUUGAAACUGAAGAUUUAGCUGAUGAUCUUCCACACACUCCAGAGUCUAAAAAAAAAGAAGUCAAACCCAUUGCUAAGCGUAAAACAAAAGCAAAAUCUAAAAAAUAAUUACUUAUUAUAGAGAAAAUAUUUACAAAGUGUUCUUAAAUA